AUGUCGGAGCCACUUCAAUCACAGUCACAGCCACAGUCUCCCUCACACCAACAAGAUGGACACAACGAGAAAGAUGCUGUGGGCUCCCGUCUGGAACCUGUCGAGACAGGGGCCUCAUACGUUCCUCCACACAUGACUACGCUUCAGCGACGCCUUGUUGUACUGUCUCUUUGUUUAACUCUAUUCCUUUGUGCAUUGGAUACAACAAUCUUGGCUACAGCGCUUCCGACCAUUGGCAAUGAACUACAAACAUCGGCUCGCGAAUAUGCCUGGAUAGGAUCUUCCUAUACACUCUCCACAACAGCGGUGACGCCAGUAUGGGCCAAGAUCUCUGAUAUAGUUGGCCGCAAGCCAAGUAUGAUGAGUGCCACUGGCCUCUUCAUGGCUGGAAGUCUUAUUUGCGCCUUGGCAAAUUCGAGUGGUAUGCUCAUCGGUGGAAGAGUAGUUCAAGGUCUCGGUGGUGGAGGCUGCAUGGUGCUCAUCACAAUUCUUAUUGGAGACUUGUUUCCCUUGAAGGAUCGUGCCAAAUACUAUGGUAUCACAGGACUUGUGUUUGGCAUCGCUGGAGCCAUUGGCCCCGUGUUGGGUGGUGUUUUCUCCCAAGCCGUUACUUGGAGAUGGUGCUUUUACAUCAACUUACCCUUUGAAGGCGUUGCCUUGGUGGCCCUCUUCUUCCUGCUCAAGGUCAACAUCGAGAAGGAACCUCUUAUUGACGGCAUGCGCAGUCUUGACUGGGUUGGCUUUGCUUUCAUCAUCGGUGGCACAAUCUGCUUCCUCUACGGUCUUGAAGCUGGUUCAGGCGGACUCGCACCCUGGAACUCUGCUUUUGUGAUCUGCCUCAUUGUCUUUGGAGUUGUCAUCCUGGCGCUCUUCAUGGUAUGGGAAGCCAAAGUUGCCAAGAAUCCCAUUAUUCCCAUCCGGAUCUUCCAGAGCAGAACAAACAUGGCCUCUUUCGCUGUGGCAAAUCUGCACUCCUUCAUUUUCAUCUCAUACGACUACUUCUUACCGCUGUACUUCCAGGUCAUCCUUGGUUUCUCGCCCAUCAUUUCCGGACUCACCUUGUUUCCUCUCAUCCUUCCCAUGUCAAUUUCGACUGGCCUUGGUGGUAUAUUUGUGAGAAAGACUGGAAACUACAAGAUUUUGAUUCUUAUCGGCGCUUCUCUCAUGGCUAUCGGUACAGGUCUCUUCAUCAGCCUCGGACAACGAAAGGAGUGGGUCAAGCUGGUGAUUUUCCAAAUCAUUGCAGGCUUAGGCUGCGGUGUCCUCUUCCAAAACCCGAUGAUCGCGCUUCAGACUCAUGUUCGACAGAGAGAUAUAGCAGCUGCUAUGUCUGCGUAUACUUUCUUGCGUGGUCUCUCUGUUUCCAUAUCGAUUGUGGUUGGAACAGUCUUGAUUCAACGGACUGUUCGCGGUGGUAAUUUGACUCAUGUAUCGAAUGAUGCAGAACAGGGCGAGACGGACAAGCAAGGAUACAUCAGUGGUUUGAGGGUUAUGUGGGCAUUUUACACGGCUCUUUGUGGUCUUAUGGUGGUGUCGGCGGUCUUUAUUCUGCCCAAGCCGGUAAAGAAAGAAGCAAGCAGCGAGACGGGUACAGAAACGCAACAGAGCGAUAAGACGGAUGCCAUAGCUUAG